GAGAUUCCCCCCUGAGCAUUUCAAAUGCAGAGAAAACAUCAAUCAUGGCUGUCUCUGCUAUCAGGACUUGGUGGAAUACCUACCAGCUGGACAAAUCGGACACCAAUGACUCUAACACAGAGGAAGAUGAGGAGGAAUUAGCAGGGAGGAGGCAGUUGUCCAUAAGCCUAAGUCAGACUCUGCGGACCAGGCAGCUGCUCAUAGAUUUUGAUGGUGGCAGACCUAUUUUGAGUCUCAGGGCGCCGCGGGACCUGGUUAACUUUCCAUCUAUCUCCUUCCCCCGUUGGCCGAUAGAGUGUGAGGUCAUCAGCGACAUUAUCCAUCACAUAGAGUGGGACCCCCAAGAGCCAGAGCCUUUUUAUCAGCCCACAGGACAGGAGAGGACACCGAUGCCAGCUGGAGAGGAGAGAGGGAGAGUGGUAUACUGCAUUGACCAUGCCACUAAGCGCCCAUAUUUCGCCUGCUCACGCGUCGGAGGGAGCCGAGGGCCCAUCAAGAGUGCAACUUCUGAUGACAUCAAUCAGACAGACUUCACCCUUAAUUUUGAGUCACGCUUCGAGAGUGGGAACCUUCAGAAAGCUGUGCAAGUGGGUGUCUAUGAGUAUGAGCUCACCCUGCGCACUGACAUGUACACCAGAAAGCACACGCAGUGGUUCUACUUCAGAGUCAGGAACAUGAAAGCUGGAGUGACCUACCGCUUCACUAUCAUCAACUUGAUGAAGAGCAGAAGCCUUUAUUCUCUGGGUAUGAGACCACUCCUCUACUCUGAGAGGGCUGCCAAGGAGAAAGGUGCUGGAUGGCAACGCACGGGCUCCAAUAUCAGAUACUACCGUAACUGCAAUCAGAAUCCAAAGGACAACAACAGUGACACGGUCGCCCUGUACUCACUCACCUGGACUCUCCAAUUCCCUUAUGACUCAGACACCUGUUACCUGACCCAUUGCUACCCCUACACCUAUUCACAUCUGCAGCGCUACCUUAGGCGUAUUUCUUCCAACCCAGCAGUUGCGUCAUACUGUAAAUUACGGGUGCUGUGCCAAAGUCUCGCUGGGAAUGCUGUGUAUAUGGUGACGAUAACGUCUCGGGGGGUUGGCAGGGUGGUGGGCAGGACCAAGAAGUCUGUAGUUGUGACGGCCCGAGUGCACCCUGGAGAAACCAAUGGGUCCUGGAUGAUGGAGGGGUUGCUGGACUUCCUGCUCGGGGACUCGGAAGAGCAGCUACUCAGGGAAAUGUUUGUUUUUAAGGUGGUGCCAAUGCUGAACCCCGAUGGUGUGGUGGUAGGGAAUUACCGCUGCUCUCUGGCAGGCAGGGACCUCAACAGAAAUUACAAGACAUUACUCAGGGAUUCCUUUCCCUGCGUGUGGCACACCCGAAACAUGGUGGAAAGACUGAUGGCCGAGACGGACGUAGUUCUUUACUGUGACUUUCAUGGCCACAACCGCAAAAACAAUGUGUUCAUGUACGGUUGUAUCAGCCGAGGUGAUGCUUCUCUGAAGCUUCACGAGAGAGUCUUUCCACUAAUGAUGAGCAAGAACGCCAGUAACAAGUUUUCCUUCAAGAGCUGUAAAUUCAGGGUUCAGAAGAGCAAAGAGGGAACGGGACGAAUCGCCAUGUGGAAACUUGGCGUCAGAAACAGCUAUACUAUGGAGGCCACCUUUGGAGGCUCCACUCUGGGCGACAGGAGGGGAACACAUUUUACUACUCGAGACUUGAAGUCCCUGGGCUUUCAUUUUUGUGAUACCCUGCUGGACUACUGUGACCCUGAUUCAACAAAGACUGCUUUCUGUCUGACAGAGCUUAAAGGAUUAUUGAGAAAGGAGGUCAGAGAGAGGCUGGGCAAAGAUUUGGGCACUGACUGUAACAUCUCUGUGUCUGACCUGGAAACCAGCACUAGUGGUUCAAAUAGUUCAGAUUCAGACGGACUCCCAGUUCAUUUACUGAGCCAGCCACAAAUUGUCCAUCCAGAGCAAACUCCAGUGAAGAAGAAAAAGAAACGUUUAAGGAGUCAUAAAGAGAGGAACAGGCUGCGACCAGAGAGAGUGAAGAACAAUGUACAGCCAAAGGUCCUGCAAAGCAACAUCAGAAAUAUUGAGUCCAACCUGCCACAUGAGAUCACAGUUAAAGAGAGCAUCCCAGUGGAGCCUGCUGGAAGGCACAGGAGAAAAUGGCAGGUAAAUGGUCUGAUGAAAAAAGCUGCGAUCCCUCCUCCCACCACUCACCCUGGGGAGGUCAGUCAGGUGACUCUGUGGCAGGGCUGCGAGCCUGUGGAGGACGACUGUCUGGAAAACAUGAGGGCUGCAUACCUGCAUCGCAGGGCAAAAGAAUGUCCACAUCUCAGUACAUACUCAGCUUGUGUUUGGCUUGUUUUCACAGAUGACCUGGGGAUGGAUACAGGACAGUGGAGAUGCUCCUCGCAGCUGCUGCACCUGAGUGCUCUCAUUCUGCCGUCACCAAAUUUCAUACAUCCCAACCAGCAACAGCAUCACUACCCCCGGAAAUCCUUCAUCUCCUCUAAAGUCUACAGAGGGCUGCCACCUUCCCUUACAAGGCCCUACAGGUCUCCCUCAUCCAUGCGUGUCAAGAUGGUUCCAGACAUUAUUUCAACAAAGCAGCUGCUGUCAAGUUUCACCAAUGACAAGUUCAACGGCCGGUAUAUUUAUGGGGACAGAAAUUCUUUACGAGUCUCAGAACGUUACUUUGUGCCUGAGGAUUCCUCCACCACACACGCAGAUACAACCAAGACUAAAAAGCAGAAUGAGGAACAGGAAGAUGAACCCUCAGAAGUUGGUUUGUCAUUGUUGAGAUGUAUACCACUUGGAGAGCAGAAGACGAGAGAUCUCACCCCUGACAUUCCCCCGAGAGAGAUUGAAUCACACAGAAAUUUAUAUGUGCCUUUGCUCAGGCCGAAAGACCUAAGAGGAAAAAGGCAAAUGGGUGUUUUGCCCCCUGUGUCAAAGCCUUCAGGCAUCAUGACAAUGAAACUUCCACAUCCACAGAGUGACACCCUGGCAAAGAGCAUCAGGCACCAUCACUCUGGAGGAAAAGGCCAAAUAAGUACAGAUCCACGAGAGGCUACGGUCACAAGACCAUCACAGUCUGCCCCACUUUAGGCCACAGUAUUUAUAUUCCUGGAACUACAGAUUGAUUUUUAUUCUCUCUGUUCUCUGGCCAGUGAUAUGAACCUCAAUUCAUCAGUGAAGAGGAAUAUAAUUUCUGCUCAAAUUUCAACAGAUCUGUUAAAAAACAGAUAUGCUGGGAUAAGAAUGGUCUUUUACCUCAUUUAUACAGAUCUCAUGACACAGGUCAAACUCGUGUCGUAUGAGUAGAAGGAGAGAAGUGAAACUCUAAGCAAUAGUUACUAUCCAACGGAAAUCUUUGUUUGAAGGUUAAUUAUAUGUCCUCUUUAAAUAUUGAUAAAAUUGAUACUAACUCUAUAAAAACGGUUUAUUUUUUGGGUUUUUUUGCAAAAUGUUAAUUAGAAACCCAAUAUUUUUUCUACUUAGCGUUGAUAUGAUUAAGGAUUAGUGGUUAAUUAAGGAUGACUAAGAUUAACUGAUGACAAAUCUUGAUGCUUGGAUUUUCAGAGGACACCACCACAAACUCUAUGAUGCAGUAGUUAGCUGCCACAGGCUGUGUGCUAUGUAGAUUUUAUACAUUUAUUUUAUUUAUUGCAAAUGUAUGAAAACAAAAAUACAAUCCAAUCCAAUACAAUAUAGUCUGAAUAAAAUACAAAAAGUACAUAUUGUCAAACGUUUUCCUAUUUAAUAACCAGUUAUGGAUAUCAAAUAUUCCCUGUAAUACG